GAAAAAAAAAACAAAAAACACGGAGUCGGUUCCAUUUUAUCAAAAUUCUCCUUUUUAACGAGAAAACGGGGGACACACGAUGUGUUUUUGUUGGGAAAUGUUUGUAAUUGGCAUUUAAAAGAGAAAAAAAAAGUGACGUGACAGUGCCGCGGAUUUUUUGUGGACGCAGUGGAAGCACUUCGGAAGCCUGUUUUUUUUUUACUAAUAUUUUUUUUUAUUGCUACUUCUACAUAUUUGUUGUUGCAUUUCAUUUUUCCAUAUACCUCUCCUUGUAAAUAUUCGCGAGAAUAUUUUAGUUACUAUUGUUUGUUUGUUUCAGUAACCUUUUUUUUUUUAUUUUAUGCCAAUCACAUCUUUCCCUUUUUUUUCUUUUUAGUACUUUUCAAUAUUAUUAUUUUGUUUUUACUAACAAACCGAUUCUAUAGUAUACUAAUCGCAUGUUCUGUAUUUUGUAGGAAAUACCGGUAUUUAGAAAUACCGAUAUGUUUAUAGAGUAGUUAAUCGGAAAAGUGGGUCUUUUCGGUAUCCGAGCGCGUUCGGUUUUCGGCUGAUAACCCGAAGGUCGACCAACUGGUUUUUUUACAGUUUUAACGGCGCGCGAGUGCCGCCUCGACACCGAAUCAUGUCCAUCUCUCUUUGUUUUCACAUUAUUUUCUUUUCACUUUUGACAUGUCUUAAUUGAAUACAAAAUAGUUUUGUCAAACAAAAAAAUACUCUAUGAUAAAAAAAGUAAAUUACAAUGUUCGAAUUAGGCGGAAAAAUAAAGUUACAGGCAGGUAAAUUACAGAUUUAAAACAAAGCGCUUUUUCGUCUUAAAUUUUUAAAUACAUAUUAAAAUUAAAUUAUUUACAACCACUGCAAUAAUAAAAACAACACAUUUUAUUUAUCGUGCAGAGUCUAAGCUAAUUAAUUAAUUAAGUACAAUUAUAAUUACAGUACUAGAUUCUUAAUUUAUUGAAUUCGGAUAUCACUGAUUGUAAAAUAUUGAUAGGUGAGUAUGCAGGUAGUUACUAACAAGCCCGUAGUAAAUCGACAGUAUACUCAAUAACUUGUAUUCUAGUUCCCUGUUCCCGUAUUAUUUCUUGCUAUACUUGAACCCCGGGUUCUCCCUCUGUGCACUGUUCAAGGGACCUCAGUGACAACAGUACAUAGCUACUGGUACAUUUAAAAACACUCCAAACUAUAUAUUUAAGGACUUUGAAGUUGUCUUAAACAUAUAAACGGACUGUGAAGUUACAAUGAUACGGAUUUGACAAUACGCAACUCAUCUCUUGCCACAGUGGUGUCCGCCCGGUAGUGCCGUCAUCGCGGCGUUAUUGUCCCUUCUCACCGCAUACAGCCUCCGCAAUACUGGCAAGCAGACUUCAAGGAGGGGCGCACAACUAUGAUAUACCGUGGCUGACACAAACAAAACAUCAUCGUAACAGAUAGCUUGGCAGGGUGGCGGCGUCCAAGUAUGGCGGCGGCGGGCUGUCGCUGGGCGGCGGCGUGCAGCGCGCCAUGAAGUGCGCUGGCGACGAGCUGCUACUGGGGGCGUGCUGGCUCGACCCCAAGCUCGACGCCUCGCCCCCUGCGCCCUGCCACGACCUGCUCGACUCCCUCCUCUCCCCGCCCCCGCUCGCCGAACUCAAACCUCUCCCCCCCUUCACCGGCUACACCAGGCACCUCUCAAUCAAUGGCAUCUCCGGACACCACUUCCAUGCCAUCGCUCAGCGCCUCCCCGAAGAGAACAACAACUACCCCACCCAGAGCGGUUAUGGCGCCGAUCACGACGUCGUCUCCUCGAGCACUUGUGCCGCUGAUGUCGAACCACCGGAUUUGGAGGACGUCAAACCGUUUCUCGACACUGACACUAAACCUUUCACUGAUGCUUCUGCUGCUGACUCCUGCGCUGCAUCCUGCUCGCCCCCAGCUAAACUCUUCGACGAAGGUCAGAAACAGGGAAUGUAUGACGACAUCAGCUCGAUAGAAGACAUCGCCGCCAUCAUCGGCUCCGCCAUCGCGGACACGACGGUCCCAUCGCAGCCCGAGGACCCAGAUCGGAAUGACUCGCGCGACAGUUGGAUGGACAUAGACGCGUGGAUCGCGGGGGCUUGCAACCAACACGGCGACAAGAUAGUACCCCAUGAAAUGAAUGAAUUCGUUUUGCCGACGUCGCCGCCGCCUCAGAGCCAACAGAACCAUCACUUGGAGUUCAGUUGCAAGCAGAGUCAAGAUUUUGCUAAAAGUCAAGAAUUCAUCCAAAAGAACUUGGGUCAGGCUGGGUCUACGCUACAGACGUUACUGACUCACGGGUACAUGCCUCUACUUCAGAAUCGGUUACAGAACGGUCCGCCUGUGAAGCAAGAGGCGCCGAGUUCCACCAGCUACGGUAUGGACGUGAUAUCGACGUCGUCUCCGCCCGGUAACGCCGUGUCGACGACAGACGGUGUCAGUGGCAUCCUGAACGGCCGGUACGCGUCGCACUAUGCGCUUGGCUUGAAGCCAGACGGGUUGUGUAGCCCGGAGAGACUGCUGGGCUACCCGCACGCACAUACCACCACUGCCACUCCUGCCAGCAAGAGCAAAAGGAGUAGGGUGAAAGCGAAACAAGGCAGCGGGAACAUGCACGGCGGCUCCCUCAACUUCCCUUCAGCUACGGCCGCCGAACUCAGCGGUCUUUUGGGCAAAGAGAAGCCGGUCCAUCGCUGCGGCAUCUGCAAUAGAGGAUUCCUCAACAAAUCAAAUAUUAAAGUGCAUCUCCGCACGCACACCGGGGAGAAGCCCUUCAGGUGUGACGUGUGCGCGAAGGCUUUUAGACAAAAAGCGCAUCUCAUCAAACACCAACAGAUCCACAAAAGGAUCGGGAGGGACUAAAGUAGUUAUUACUUAGAUAAGUCGGCACUAGCUCAAAAUGAAAGCAUUUUAAUAGUUAAUAGGUUGUGCGUAUGUGAUUGGCGCGUGAAUACCUCGGCCCGAGAAUCUCAUUGUAGGAUAUUUUGUGUGCGUGAGUUUCAUUGUCUUCUAACUUAGUUAAGAGCGAUGUUCAUAAUGAUAUUAUUAUUAUUUUAUAUUAAUAACCCUUAGUAUAACAUUCCUAAGGACAAGUGCAAUGUUGACUAGUUUUAAGUUUUUAAUUGUAGAUAAUUGUUUAUAUUUUGUUGCGUGGCGAGAGAUCUUCCUGUAUCCUCCAUUCCACUUUCGAGCUCUGUUGUAUAGUAUAAAUCCGUCUUGUUAGUUAAGUGUCUUCUAUUCGGUUAAGUGUCGCGGUCCUCGGAUACCAACUGAUGUGUUCUCAAAGGCAAGUUUUAAAGUGGAUUGAACGGACAAAACAUGAACGAACUGUUUCAAAUCUAUUAUUUAUAUAAAUGCGUUUUUUUUUGUUGUUGUAUGUAAAUGGUUACUCCGAUUACCUACUUAUAGUCAAAUUAUUGCGUAGUUUUUGUAAUGUAUAUUGGUUAGUACUUAAAUAAAUUAAGAGGAAUAAAGAUGACAAAGCUAACGAGGCUACAUUAUUAUGUUAACUGACUUUAGCUACUACGAAAGUCUCGCUUUAACUCUAUCCUAUCUGAGGAUAUCAUCUACAUAUCUAAUUUUCAUUCUUCCAUUUCAUUAUUAACACUAGCAUGGUAUUUACAUAUUAUAUAGUAACAAUAAUAUUUUACAUACAUGAAUACAUUAUGUAGGGUAAUCUUAUUAAAAUCAUGGUUUUACGUUUAGUUCCCUCAUAUACAAACAGGACACCAUUUCAUUUCGUUGUAUCAUUUAUUAUUAUGUAUUUAAUGAAAUAAUAAAAUACAUAAGGUCAUAAUAUUGUUGUCACACCUGAGUUAUUCCUUUUUGGUCACAGUCAACUUAUCACAAGAAGAUUACUGGUAUAAUUAAAGCUAAUGAGACACUACAAAGAGCUUUACUUAUUGCCAAGAGUCAAGGUAUUCGCUUACUGACAAAUCAUAGUGCUUACUUAAUAAUCGCAAUUGGGUACACUAAAAGGAUGUCAUAGCUUAAACUUAGCUCUAAGCUUGUGAUGUACCUAACAUAAGGUACGAACUUUUCAAUUUUCAUCUUCAAAUGUUUAAACUCAGACAAGGAUCUAACGUGUUAUUGACAGUGAAUAUUCAACAAUGCAUUCCACAUUGGACUGGUAUUUUGCACAGAAAUAGUUUUAAUUAUAUGAGUCGUAUAGUAUCAAAGGCGGCAAAGUAGGGCGAACCAAAUAUUAGGCAAAUCAAAAAAAAACUGUUUAGUCUCGUCUUUAAGGGAGGAUAAAAUAUUGACAUUUCACUACGAUUAUAAAUAUGGUGCAAUAUGAAUAAAUUUAAGAAUAAUUAAAACAAAAAAUAUACUAUAACAAUGAACCUAAAACUAAAAACCUUAAAAAAUAAAAUAUAAUAACUAAAAUACAUUAUUAAAAGGAGUCCCUUUAGGCAAGGUUCCGAAGAUACUGGCAGCGUUCCCCCUUUGGAUAGCUAGACUUAUUCUUUGUCCGAGGUAGCUGCCAGCUCUUAGGUCUCCUGUGAUGUCGACUAAUCUUUUCGCUAUUUCUUUAAAAAGCCUUAUAGCGCUAGGACCCCACGGACCAAGGGUCUCGACACCGAAUGGGACAAAAUCAUAUUCGGAGCCUAGACCCCUGUAUUUGCCUGCCUUAACUUUUUCAGCCGCUUCACAAGCCGCACCAGCUCUGUUGUUGGUUCCAUGUAGAUGGGAAGGGGCCAGCGUGUCUGAACAGGUUGCAUCCCAUACUAGCACCCGACCCAUCUUCCAUGGAAUCAAACUCAUACCGUCCGGUCUCUUGCCAUCGUCUCUUGCAAUACCAGUUGGCUCAAGUAGACUUGGCACGUUGACGGUGGCAAGGGACCGGCGUAUGAUAUCGUUAAGUGCGGCGUGUCUCGAGAAGCGGCCUGCACUUUUUUGGCAAGACAGUCCAUGAUGUCCUAGCUUGUCGACAUCACUGCCGCAGGGACAUUUAUGAGGAGCGCAGACCGGGACCCCAAGCCGUAGACAGGUUGCCAUUCGGAGUGUGUCAGGCUCAAGAAAUGUGCCUGUAUUUGUCGAAGGGUACGCG